AUGUUUGACACUCAGCACGUUGGUCAUUUCAGUCCCAAAGUCGCCUUUGCCUUGGUGUCGUUUGCCUUGGGAGAACUGGGGGAUGGAUUGAAUAUCUUUCAGGGUAUCUACCUGGUGAAUAUGGGUUGGAGCGAAGGAUCCGUCGGAAUUGCACUCAGUUUGAUGGGUCUGACGGCCCUCUUGGUCCAAACCGUGGCGGGGGAUAUAGUGGAUAAGACCUUGUUUGAUCGACGAUUAUUCUUGGUGGUGGCGUCCAUUGUCACGGCCCUAUCGGCGUCCGCUAUUCUACUGGUGCAAGGAGAUUCGGAACAGGGGCUCAUGUAUGGGACAAAGGUGAUUGAGGGGAUUGCAUCUUCCUUCAUUGGGCCUUGUUUGGCCUCGCUGACAUUGGCCAACUUUGGGCCGGAACAUUUUGAUGCCAUCAUGGCUUCGAAUAUUUUGUGGGGUCAUAUUGGAUCUGUCAUUUCGGCAUUACUGGCAGGUUCCGUGGCGUACAUCUUCUAUCCCAAUAUCCAAUACUGUUUCUUUGUGAUUGGUCUAUCCGCAUUGAUUGCCAUUGUGUUCGUGCGAUUUGUUCCACAAGGAGACCCGCUCAUGGGAAGAGGAUUCCAAGGCGAUGUAGCCAUGGACGAACAAGGUAACUUGGAACGUGUGCCAUCCUCCAUGUCGGAUAUGCCACCUCCAUCGUCAUCGGAUAUUGGAAAUCAAAAGGAAGGACUGUUUACGGGGGAUCCAAAGCUAACUCCUACUGAAAUUCCAGAAGCGAGUAGUUACUUGGAAGUCUUUUCUGAUCGCAAGACCUUAGUACUGUGUAUUACUGGAUGGAGUUUUCAUUUUGCCAAUGCCAAUGUAUUGUUGGUACUUGGAGAGCUAAUGGGUCAAGCUGGUGACAAUGACGACGAUGGUCCCAGCAGAUCUGCAAUUCCACUCAUUGCAGGUGCUAUUGUCUUGGCGCAGGCCACCAUGAGUCUAGCCACCAUUGUCGGUGGGAAGCUUACGGAUCGUGGAAUUGGGCGCAAGCCACUCUUCAUGGCAGGACUUUUGACACUGCCGUUGCGAUGUGCCUUGAUUAUCAUGUGGCAAGACAUGGGCGACUCAUGGCUGUUAUCCACACAAAUACUGGACGGUCUUGGCGGAGGUUUCUUUGGGCUCUUGCAUCCAUUGUUGGUGGCUGACAUCACCUUUGGAAGCGGUCGAUUCAAUGUUAUCAUGGGGCUGACGGCGUCCUGUUUUGGUUUGGGAGGAACCAUGAGUAAUUUCUUCGGGCAAAUGGUGGUGGAAUACUUUGGACACACGGCAUCGCUGGCAGGAUCCUUUUUCAUUUCGAUUUUCCCAAUCAUUCUGUUUGGAGUCGCCAUGCCCGAAACUCUUGGAAAUCGAGGCCAACAGUUCUUGAAGCACGAAGAAACAAAGACAAAGUUUGUACCAUUGUCAUAA